AUGCAGGGCUUGAUGCCCGACCUUAUGGAUAUCAUCAAGAAGUGCAAGAACAAUUCUGCCUUGAUUGGCAAAGUCAUUGAUUUGGUAUCAAGUGCUGCAGCUCAUUUGCAAUCCAACAAUCUUUUCAAGGCCCAUGAAUUGAUCCCAGAGUUGAUUCCAUAUGAUCUGAGAGUCCUAGUUGACCUACAGGCCUACAAACUGGCCUGUCCCAGGGUGAACCAAGGCUAUAAACACCCUGCAUACGCCGCUCUUUUAAUCCCACGUGUCAAGUCCACCAAGUUCACCUACCUCAAUGCACAUAAAAUUCUACAACAAGAUCCAAGAUCUGUUUUAACCAUCCUUGGCUCCCCAAAUGAGGCUAACAGGCUUGGAGAACGUGCCAGCAAAGGACAGAUUCACAAAGUAUAUGAACUAACGAUAAGACUCAUAUGUUAUUAUUGCAUGGUGCUUGUCAUUGCAAUCAGCGGUAAGACUUGGCCUGAGGCAAAGAGCAUUUUGAAGGCCAACCACCUCUACACAUCUAUACUAACACUUCUGUUGGGUCUUUCUGAUGACGAUACAUGGGCCAAGGAGACUGUGGCUUGGUGGCAAGAGAACAUUAUCUUGCCAUCUGAGCCCGUGGAUCCUGACAAGAAGUCAUCCCCUUUAGAAGGUAGUGCACGCAACGGAUGCCUCAGAGACCCGGUAGAAUGGUGUAAAGCUCAAAUGGCUACUGCGGCUCAUGCACCUGCACCUGCUCGUGCACCUGCACCCAAACCUGCUUGUGCACCCACACCCACACCUGCAUCUGCUCAAGCACGCGCACCCUCCUCCGCCCCCGCCCCAUAUAAUGUGUCUGCACCAGCACUUUCUAAAGCAUUUGCAGCUGUUUUACUGGCAGAACCUGUUCCUAAACAAGUCUCCCGUUGCCAAAUGAUAUUAAACACAAUUGGAAUCCCUUCAAAAUCCCAUCCUGACCUCCCUUCCAAGGAUUCUUCCUCUCUUUCUUCCAAAAACAAACGCUCCCCUUCCCCAUCAGCCCCGAUUAUGAUCAAGAUUUCUGCAAAGAGGAAAGCGGUGCCACACCACUCUGGUCCAAAGCGUAAAGAUGCACCACCUUCAGACCCCUUCAAGACCGGGGAUGAGGCCCUGUCUACUCCCAAUUCUGAUGCCACUGCCACCAACGGUGAAGAACCACCAGCUAAAAAGGCCAAGAAAGGUGCCCAGACCAAGGAAAAGCGCCAAUCUAUCAAAUGUAAGGCUAGGAAAUUCUGA